GGAAAGAAAAAAUGGCAGAAGUAGCCCCAGCUGCCGCUCCGGCUAAAGCCGCAAAGAAGAAGGCUUCUAAGCCGAAGAAAACCGGUCCCACCGUCGGGGAGCAGAUCCUGAAAGCCGUGGCCGCUUCCAAGGAGCGAGGCGGCGUGUCGGCGGCUGCUCUGAAGAAGGCUCUGGCUGCCGGAGGCUACGAUGUGGAGAAGAACAAGGCCCGCAUCAAGACCGCCAUCAAGAGCCUGGUGGCCAAGGGGAGUCUGACUCAGGUCAAGGGAACCGGGGCCUCCGGUUCCUUCAAGAUGAGCAAGAAGGCUGAUACCAAGGCAACGAAGCCGGUUAAGAAAGCCGCUCCUAAAGCCAAGAAGCCCGCCGCCAAGAAACCCGCAGCGGCCAAGAAGCCAGCAGCCGCCAAGAAGUCCCCGAAGAAGGUCAAGAAACCCGCAGCGGCCAAGAAAGUAGCAAAGAGCCCCAAGAAGGCCACCAAGAGCCCCAAGAAGGCUCCCGCAAAGAAAGCCGCAAAGCCCAAAGUAAAGAAGGCACCCGCAGCCAAGAAGGCCCCCGCCAAGAAGGCUGCCAAGCCCAAAGCCAAGAAGGCAGCACCCAAGAAGAAGUGAGCUGUUCUGAGUCUGCAACAUGGAAAACCUACAAAAAGGCUCUUUUAAGAGCCACACACACUUUGACUAGAGAG